UUCAGUAUUGCGAACAUGAUUGCCAUCGGAAUUUUCACUUCGUUCCUUUUAUUUUCGUCUUCGAUUUCUGCGGAAAACUGGAAACGAUAUUUAAAAUUCGACUCUAAUUAUGAGCUUUGGUGGUCCAUGUACGACGAUUCCAUCACUUUCCAAGUGGAAGUGGCGACUAAUGGAUGGGUCGGAUUCGGAAUCUCCUCAAACGGAGGCAUGAAAGGCAGUGAUAUAGUUAUUGGAUGGAUUAACGAUAACCAAGCGAUGUUUCACGAUAGACACGCCGAAGGAAAGUUUCAACCGAAAAUUGACGAACAACAGGAUUGGGAAUUGUUAUGGCACGAGAAAAACGAUACUCAUACAAAGUUACGAUUUAAAAGAUUGCUGGACACGUGUGAUGACCAGGAUAUAGUCAUUACGGAAGAAACUAUGAGACUGAUAUACGCUUACAGUCACCAAAAUCCCAAUUCUAUAGAUGCAGUUAGUUAUCACGGACCAACCACUAGAGGAACUAAAAGUGUUUUUCUGAAAGAGGAAGUUGAACACAAAUUUACAGAGAAACCAGAAGACAUUUAUCAUUGGGAUGUUCGAAGUCCAAAUGUUACAAUUCCGGAAGGAAGCGACACUGAAUACUUUUGUACAUUUAUCAGAGUUCCUCAUCUUGAUAGAAAAAAUCAUAUUAUAGAAUUUGGUCCACUUAUUCAACCGGGACACGAAGGCGUUGUUCAUCAUAUGCUUUUAUACGAAUGUACGGGCGUUACAAACGAAACUGUAUUAAAAUAUGCAGAUAAAUCAUAUCAUAGAUGCUACACUAAAAAUUUAGUUCCAAAAUUUCCAUUUUGUUUAACUGCUAAUUUAGCUUGGGCAUUUGGAGGUAGCAAAUUUUAUUUUCCUGAAAAUGCCGGUCAUCCUUUGGGUCUGCCUGAUGCUGAAUGGUUUCUAUUGGAAGUACAUUAUGAUAAUCCGUCUUUAAAAACAGCUGUCGAUAAUUCGGGAUUAAGAAUUACAUAUACACCAAAACUCAGAAAAUACGACAGUUCGGUGUUAGCUACGGGAAACUUAUGGUAUCCUUGCAUGUUUGUGCCACCGAAACAGAAAGAAUUUGUUAUAUCUGGACACGUAGCUCCUUCUUGCUUAAAACAGCGUGUUCCUCCAGGAGGUAUCAAAGUCUUUAGUAUUUUGCUUCAUUCACAUUUCCUAGGAAGAAGGAUAAUUGUCAGGCAUUUUCGUGGUAAUGAAGAACUCGAACCGAUUGCAUCCGAUGUUAAUUACGAUUUUAAUUUACAGCAUUUUCGUAAGCUUUCGAAAAUUCGUACUGUCCUGCCUGACGAUCAUCUUAUUGUUGAAUGUGCCUACGAUUCUCGUAAAAGAAGCAGAGUAACCUUUGGUGGUUUAUCUUCGAGAGAAGAAAUGUGCAUCGUAUUUUUAAUGUACUAUCCAAGAAUAAGUUUAGCAUUGACUGCAAGUUGCCCUCUUCCUAAGAAUUUUCUUAGUUCUCUUGGAGUUAAACGAAUAUUUGAAGACGACAAGUUUCUAAUUUCUCCAUUUACUGGGAAGAAUGAAAGUUUCUUCGAAUUCCUUUACGAUUAUCCGUGGAACAAGAAUGCAAUUGAUGUUUCGAGAAAAUCCAUGAGAUAUAGUCCUCAACUGAAUCUUUGCACAGAUCGAGGAUGGAAACUUGUUCCGACCUUUAUUCUAUCAACUUAUCCGAAAGUGAAGAAAAGUUACGUGAAGCCAAGUAAAUGCGGUUUCAGAAGAAACAACCAGAAAAGGUUAGAUAAAGAAAACGAAAAUACUGAAUCCGAAAACGAAUUUGAAGAUAUUAAUUUUAUGAAACGUAGUUCCUCGAAUGGAAGUGUAAUUCCGUACCCAUUACUCGAUCAGUUCUUCUCGACUCUCUUCUUAAAAUAAGCAGUUAGAGGGUUGUAUUAUAUUAGUUAAUACGUUUUCUAUAAUUACACAAAUGUUUUUCUCUUCUUCGCGAGAUCUACGUUCCUUCAAAUACGUAAUGUAAUUCCUUCUAAGCGCCUAAUAUUCUGUUUCUUCAGCGCCAAGUCUUUUAUUUAUAUGGAUAAGUACACUCUGUAGAAGGUCUGAAUAAAUUUUCUAGCUGCAAGGACCGAAGCGGGUCCUUGCAGCUAGCACUCUAUAUAAGUUCUACGUUAUACAUUUUAAAUUUUGCAAGAAGUAUUUAAUUCUUAAUAAAUGCGAAAGUACAGUUAGCCCCUGCUAACUCGAAUUAAAAAUCAUCCGAGUUUGCGGGAGACUCAGUUAGUGGAGAGUUUACUGUAUAAAACUUUAUGUUUCCAAUUAUAAAAUUGUUAUUAUUCGUUUAAAAUAAUACACUUUACUUUCAAGAAAGAUUAAUAUAAAAUUGGCAUUGAUUCAACAGAAUACUGUGAUGAUGUUUAACAAUAAUUAUAAUCUGACUUUCUCCCAUUAAUAUUUCAGGUAUUUUUUGUGUCGUUCACAAUAAAUAUUAUUUUACAUUAAGUAUGUAUUUUUGAAUGUAACUAAAAGGUUAUUUUUACA